CGUGCGAUUGUUUUGAUGACGACGUGCUUCGUGCUCAUUUUCGUAGUCAUUUUCUGCUCGUAAAAAUGCAUAUUUUACUGAAAUAAUCCGUGUAGCCUUCUAAUAAACGUUAUUUUCGCAAUGAGUACCGCGGCAGAAGACCCCGACUCCAAAAAGGAACCAAUCAAUAACAAGAUUAUCCUGGCCGACGAUGUACAGCGAGCCAUUGAGCAGGUAUUGCAAAGUUCAGAUCCCCUCGAUCAUCCGGACUUCGAUCCCACAGAUUACAUCAACCAGCUGUUUCCAAACGAGCAAUCGCUGUCCAACAUUGACGAUGUGAUUGCUAAAAUGGAGUUCGACAUAGGUUUAAUCGACGAUAACAUCCGGUCUGUAGUCCGAGGUCAGGUUAAUACCGGAGAAAAUGGAAGGUCCGCGCUGAAGGAAGCUCAACAAUCGAUUACCCAACUAUUUGCGUUAAUCACAGACAUCAAGUCGAGGGCAGAGAAAACGGAGGACAUGGUCAAGGAGAUUACCCGGGACAUCAAGCAGCUGGACUCGGCCAAGAAUAAUUUGACCUAUGCGAUUACAACGUUGAACCAUUUGCAUAUGUUGGUCGGAGGAGUUGAGAAUCUGAAACGGUUGGCCGAACGCCGUCAGUAUGGGGAAAUUUUGAACCCACUGCAGGCUAUAAUCGAAGUUAAUCAACAUUUCCAGCAGUAUUCGGAAAUUGCCCAGAUUCAAACGCUGUCCUCCCAGGUUCAACAGAUUCAAACGGAACUUGCUAGCCAGAUCACGGAAGACGUUAGGAACUUCUUUGCACCGGCUCCACCGACUGCUGGAGGUGGACAAGCUAAUCGAGUCACCAUGACCCAGCUUAAAGAUGCUUGCCAGGUGGCUUCGGUUCUGGACAAGCCGGUGAAGAAGAACAUCCUUAAGUGGUAUAUCAACCUUCAGCUGCAGGAAUACAUCCAGCUGUUCCACGAAAACCAGGACAUCGCCUGGUUGGACAAAAUCGACAAACGUUACGCUUGGCUCAAGCGGCAUUUGCUCGAUUUCGAGGAAAAGUACGGUAACAUUUUCCCCCAGGAUUGGGAAAUUUCCGAGCGUAUAACGGUGCAAUUUUGUACCAUUACUCGGGAGGAACUUACCAAGAUAAUGUCCCGCCGAAGAACGGAAAUCGACGUUAAGCUGUUGUUGUUUGCCAUUCAGAAGACGGCCAGCUUUGAACAGUUGCUGGAUAAGCGUUUUACCGGAGCUACUUUGGGGGAGCUGGUUGGAACGGGGGGAACUCCAACAGGUACCGGUGAAGGUACCGAGCAGCAACCGUCGUUCGCGGGUUUGAUUGGAUCCUGCUUUAAGGCUUACUUGGAUAUUUACACCGAAAGUAUCGACCGUAGCUUGGCCGAGUUGAUUGACCAGUUUGCGCAGCAAAAUCAGCAACAGCUGCUUCCGAAGGAUACCAAUGCAGGGGUGUUUCCAAACUGCGCCGAGCUCUUUGUUUUCUACAAAAAGUGUAUGGUCCAAUGUACUCAACUGAGCAACGAAAAGCCGAUGUAUGAUCUUACAUUAGUAUUCAAAAAGUACUUACGAGAGUAUUCCAUCAAAGUUUUGGAUGCUCGAAUACCAAAGUUGCAACAACCCUCAUCAAGUGCGUCGAUCAGCAGCAGUAUGUCCCUGCUGACGAAAGAUUUGCAAAAUUUGUCAACGGCAGCUGGGCAAGUUAUUCAUAAUUUCCUGAAAGAAGGGGAGGCCCCGAGAUUCAACAUCGAAGAUAUCAAAAAAAUCUGCUACGUCCUAGCCACGGCUGAGUACUGUCUGGAAACGGUUCAGCAACUUGAAGACAAACUGAAGGAGAAAAUCGACAAAGCCUACGUCAACAGAAUAGAUCUGUCCGAUGAGAAGGACGUUUUUCAUCGAACCAUCUCGAAUUGUAUCCAGUUGCUGGUGCAGGACCUGGACACCGGUUGCGAUCAGUCGCUCAUUCUUAUGACCAAAAUUUCCUGGCAUAACAUCAGCAAUGUAGGAGAUCAGAGUGGAUUCGUCAAUCAAAUUGUGACAAACCUUAAACAAACUGUUCCAGUAAUUCGAGACAAUUUGGCCUCCAGCCGCAAGUACUACACCCAAUUUUGUCACAAGUUCGUCAACUCGUUCAUUCCAAAGUACAUAAACACGCUGUACCGAUUGCGACCGACAACAUCCGGUUCGUCUGGUUCCUCUUCCGGUUCAAUGGUGGCCAGCGCUUCCAGCUCAAGCAUUUCGGAAGGUUCCAACAGUGCGGCUGGCAAUCCCGGUGGGAAUAUUCUCGGCUGUGAGCAGUUGCUUCUGGAUACUCACAGUCUAAAAACGGUCCUGAUGGAUCUCCCUUCCAUUGGCUCCCAGGUGCAGCGAAAACCCCCGGCCAGCUACACCAAAGUCGUCAUUAAAGGUAUGGCCAAAGCCGAAAUGGUCAUCAAGGUGGUUAUGCAGCCCAUCUAUCCAGCUUCGCUGUACAUCGAACAGUAUUUGAAGCUCCUCCCGGAAAGCAACGUCACCGAGUUCCACAAAAUUUUGGAAAUGAAGAGCGUUCGUAAAAUUGAACAACAACAGCUGGUGGAACUUUACAAGCGAUCGUGUCCUCCGACGGCUGCGGUCGCCACCACUGGUUCAGGUGAUCCCACUUACGGAGAGAACGCUUCCACAGGUUCGGGCAGCGGCAGUGGGGAAACAACUGUCCUAAGUCAAUCCCAACAGGCAGCCGAAAAGGCGGCGGCAGCUUUGAGUGGAGCCGGGUCCAGUAUUAUCGCGCUCGGGGAUUCGCUGAUGGACAAGGGCCGUAUCAAGAAGAUUGAAAAUCUGAUCAAAAACAGAUUACCCAACUGAAUCGAGAAGUAAGUGCACGUACUAAUUUAUCUUAUAGUGAAUACAGAAUAUACACGCAAUGGGUCUAGCUA